AUGCAAUUAUAUCAAUAAAAAAAUAAAUAUUUUAUUGACAUGAUAAAAUUUGUUAAAAAUAGUAGUUCCAAUAAUGUUCUUUGUAAAUGGGGAUUUGAUAAUGAAACUAACCUAUUAUUGUUAUUAAACGAUUUGCCUGCUAUUAGUUGGAUAUCAAGUACAGAUGUUGAAUUAAUUGCAAUUGUAAAUGGUGUUAGAACUAUUUAAAGAUUUUUAGAUAUUACCCCUGCAAAUUUGGAAAAGUUAGGAUUAAUCAAAGAAGUCUAAUUUGAAACUUCCAAUGAAAGGAUGUUGGUAAUGCCCAAAUUAAAUUACUAAAGAUGA